UUGCCAACUUUUUCUGCAAAAUUCAGAGUCACAGAGGACCUGUCUUCGGGAGACCCCCUUCCUUUAUUGAUGGUGUUGUGUUUCUCCUUUUCUUUCUGCAAUCAAAACCCUUUUUUUGGGUUUUUUCAUUCUUGUUCUUUUUGUUAGUUCAAAAAGAGGAAAAAAUAGUUUAUACCCGAAGAGCCAUGUCAGGUUUGUAUAAUCCCAACUUCUCUCCCGCAAGAGCUGCUUCUCCACAGAUUAGAAGCAACCCAGAUGUUGACAGUCAGUACUUGCAAGAGUUGUUGGCGGAGCAUAAGAAGUUAUUACCGUUCAUGCAGGUGCUUCCCAUAUGUAGCCGACUCUUAAAUCAAGCAGAGAUCUUUAGGGUUUCGGGAAUGAUGUCCAACCAAGGAUUUGGAGACUUUGACAGACUGCGGCAUAGAAGUCCCAGUCCCAUGGCUUCCUCAAACCUGAUGUCUAACGUCCCAGGUUCUGGCUUAGGUGGUUGGAAUGGUCUUCCGCAGGAGAGAUUAAGUGGACCUACUGGAAUGACGAUGGACUGGCAAGGUGCACCUGCAAGCCCUAGUUCAUAUACUGUCAAGAGGAUUUUGCGUCUCGACAUUCCAGUAGAUUCUUAUCCAAAUUUCAAUUUUGUUGGGCGACUUCUGGGCCCUAGAGGCAAUUCACUAAAACGUGUGGAAGCUACCACUGGCUGCCGUGUAUACAUUAGAGGGAAAGGGUCAAUAAAGGAUUCAGACAAGGAAGAGAAGCUAAGGGGAAGACCAGGCUAUGAACACUUGAAUGAGCCACUCCACAUCUUGAUUGAGGCUGAUUUACCUGCCAAUAUUGUUGACAUGAGACUGAGACAAGCACAAGAAAUCAUAGAGGAGCUGCUUAAGCCCGUGGAUGAGUCACAAGAUUUUAUCAAGAGGCAGCAGUUGCGUGAACUGGCUUUGCUGAAUUCAAAUUUUAGAGAAGAGAGUCCUGGGCCAAGUGGUAGCGUCUCUCCAUUCAAUACAAGUGGAAUGAAACGCCCAAAAACAGGACGCUGA